GUGCGCGCGCGCGGCGGCCCCAGGUACGCAGACAAGAUGGCGGCAGCAGCGGUCGAUAGCGCGAUGGAGGUGGUGCCGGCGCUGGCGGAGGAGGCCGCGCCCGAGGCGGCGGGCCUCAGCUGCCUCGUCAACCUGCCCGGCGAGGUGCUGGAGUACAUUCUGUGCAGCGGCUCGCUGACGGCCGCCGACAUAGGCCGCGUCUCUAGCACCUGCCGGCGGCUGCGCGAGCUGUGCCAGAGUAGCGGGAAGGUGUGGAAGGAACAGUUCCGGGUGAGGUGGCCUUCCCUUAUGAAACACUACAGCCCCACCGACUACGUCAAUUGGUUGGAGGAGUAUAAAGUUCGGCAAAAAGCUGGGUUAGAAGCCCGGAAGAUUGUAGCCUCAUUCUCAAAGAGGUUCUUUUCCGAGCACGUCCCUUGUAACGGUUUUAGUGACAUUGAGAAUCUUGAGGGACCAGAGAUAUUUUUUGAGGAUGAACUGGUGUGUAUCCUAAAUAUGGAAGGAAGAAAAGCUCUGACCUGGAAAUACUACGCCAAAAAAAUUCUUUAUUACCUACGACAACAGAAAAUUUUAAAUAAUCUUAAGGCUUUUCUUCAGCAGCCUGAUGACUAUGAAUCAUAUCUUGAAGGGGCAGUCUAUAUUGACCAGUACUGCAAUCCUCUCUCCGACAUCAGCCUCAAAGACAUCCAGGCCCAGAUUGACAACAUCGUGGAGCUUGUUUGCAAAACCCUCCGGGGCAUAAACAGUCGCCACCCCAGCUUGGCCUUCAAGGCAGGUGAAUCCGCCAUGAUAAUGGAAAUAGAACUCCAGAGCCAGGUGCUGGAUGCCAUUAACUACGUCCUUUAUGACCAACUAAAGUUCAAGGGGAACCGGAUGGAUUACUAUAAUGCCCUAAAUCUGUAUAUGCACCAGGUUUUAAUCCGCAGAACAGGAAUCCCAAUCAGCAUGUCUCUGCUCUACUUGACCAUUGCCCGGCAGCUGGGGGUCCCACUGGAACCUGUCAACUUCCCCAGUCACUUCUUACUAAGGUGGUGCCAAGGUGCAGAGGGGGCGACCCUGGACAUCUUUGACUACAUCUACAUAGAUGCUUUUGGAAAAGGCAAGCAGCUGACAGUGAAAGAAUGUGAAUACCUGAUUGGCCAGCAUGUGACCGCAGCGCUCUAUGGGGUGGUAAAUGUGAAGAAGGUGCUGCAGCGAAUGGUGGGAAACCUUUUAAGCCUGGGAAAGCGGGAAGGCAUCGACCAGUCAUACCAGCUCCUGAGAGACUCCCUGGAUCUGUAUCUGGCGAUGUACCCGGACCAGGUGCAGCUUCUCCUCCUCCAGGCCAGGCUCUACUUCCACCUAGGCAUCUGGCCAGAGAAGUCUUUCUGUCUUGUCUUGAAGGUGCUUGACAUCCUCCAGCACAUCCAAACCCUAGACCCCGGGCAGCACGGGGCAGUGGGCUACCUGGUACAGCACACGCUCGAGCACAUUGAGCGUAAGAAGGAGGAGGUGGGCGUGGAGGUGAAGCUCCGCUCCCACGAGAAGCACAGAGAUGUCUGCUACUCCAUUGGGCUCAUUAUGAAGCAUAAGAGGUAUGGCUAUAACUGUGUCAUCUAUGGCUGGGACCCCACCUGCAUGAUGGGACACGAAUGGAUUCGAAACAUGAACGUCCAUAGCCUGCCGCAUGGCCAUCAUCAGCCUUUCUAUAAUGUUCUGGUGGAGGACGGGUCUUGUAGAUACGCAGCCCAAGAACCGAGACUGCCCUGGGACACAGAGCAGGGAGGUCUGCCUCGUCAGCUCUUUUCUGGUCCGGUCUCUAAGGACAGGGCCAGUUCUGGCUGGAGUCCAGGGCUGGGUCUGUGGCCGGCAAGGAAGGGCCCACGGAGGAGCCGUUUGGUGGGGAGAAGCCAUCUGAAAGGAUUUGGGCCUUUAAGAGAACUUGGAGUAUAACGUGGAGCCACAGGAGAUCUCACACCCUGAUGUCGGACGCUAUUUCUCAGAGUUCACCGGCACACACUACAUCCCAAACGCAGAGCUGGAGAUCCGGUACCCGGAGGAUCUGGAGUCUGUCUAUGAAACGGUGCAGAAUAUUUACAGUGCAAAGAAAGAGAACGUGGAGUAGAGUCUAGUGGGGACAUUGUACCUUUGCUGCUGCUGCUAUUUUCCAAGAGAACAGGAUUCUGGAUGGAGACGUCUCCACGGAUCCCUCUGGGCUCACACCACCAGGAAGGCCACUUAACCAGUAGUGCUGGUUGCCUCCUACUAAGUUUAAAUCACGUGUGCUCUCCUCCAGCUGCAAAGACAAUGUUGCUCUCCGCCUACACUAGUGAUUCAUUGAAAGGCACUGUGUUCAGUGGCAUGGCUUGUACGCUUGUCCUGUGGUGACAGUUUGUGACAUUCUGUCUUCAUGACGUCUCACAGUCGACACUCUUAUAAUCAUUCUUUUCUUCACUUUCCAUUGUGUCUGUCUCCAUGGUCUCAGAACGUUUCACUUGCUGGACAAAUGGGGUUGUACGAGUGCCGUCAUCUCUUGCUGAUUUCUCUGGGCAACAUGUGUGUUCCUCUCUCAGUCAGGACUGUCUGUCUUUUCGCCCUGAAUUCAGUGCUCAUUCAGGGCUGAAGCUGUCAGUGGUCUUGGCAGCACCUUGGAUCUGGAGUCAUUAACAAACUAACGGUCAUCAGCAUCAUUCGAAUUUCUUUUUUUCUAAUUUUUGAAACAGAUUUCAGGCGUUUAUUUUUUCUUUAUUUGAACUGAGGGAAUGACACAGUUUCCUUUCCAGAUUCGUCUCUUGGAUUUAGGCUCCUAUCUCUACGAAUCAUUAGCUCUCUAUUUUAUUACAUACAGUUCUUCGAGAAAAUGCAUAAUAAUGGCCUUUGUGAAUGGGUCUUUCCACGUUCAUCACUGCUCCUCCCAUUAAAAUAAGUGUGUGUUUUUUAAUCUACUCCAGUAUCGUAAGUAGAUCUUAAAUCAGUGAUGGGUUCCCUUUAUCGUAGAAAGUACAAUCUGCUGUUAAAAUGUCUGCUUUUAGAAACUGUGCUCAUGGUCUCCGGAGACCUAAAAAUGAGGUCUUACUCUUAGAACCGGAAUAAAGAGGAAAUAAUGAACCUUGGAAAUUACAAAGGAAAGGGGAGGUUUCAUGCUCUCUGUCCUUCCUUAGAAUCCGUUCAAGAGCUUUUCAAAUGUGGCGGAGUAGAAAUAAAUGGAAUACCUUCAGUUUUCAGAGCGCGCGCUCGGGGAGGAAGGGAGACCCGGAGCGUGCUCCGAGUUGCCGUGACAGUGCCAGGAGGGGGUCUGUGCUCAGGCCCCCCAGGAGCCCGACUUCACAUCCAGGCGCCAUUGGCAUCGAUUCUUCCGUGUUCCUGGUGCCUGAGCAUGAAGGGACCGGCUCUUAAUGCAGCUCUGGGCUCCCUCUGUUCUCAGCCUGCCCCUUCUCCAGUGGGCCAGCCUUGGCGUUACCUGUAGAAGUAACUUCUGGAGUUAGGACCUAGUCACUUUACUUUCUAAGUUUAAAAGAUUCCAAUUGCUCUAGUGAAUGAGGCUUUAGGGGGCUGCGACCCAGCCAUGCCUCGCUGCCUGUCCGUCCCUUUGCAUGCAGUAUUUUCACGCUGUGUUUGAUGACUGCCUCUUGUUUACCCUCUGGAAACCCUGGGAUGACUGAGGUUUGGGGAAGCUACCUGAGAUCACUUCCUGGCAAGUGACAGCUAUUGAGCAGUUGUUAGAAAGAGAUGGGGAUUUGGCCCAUUGGCGCCUUCCAGCCCGAAUUAGCUCUGGUGCAGGGUCCAUGUUCCUUGUCAGUCCAACCCAAAGUCAGAUGGUUUGGACGCUCGUUUGAAAUCGUGACCACUCACAACACCCAGCCUGCCCGAGGUUGGGGAGUUUUACACUACUCUCAUUUAAAGGUGAAAAUUAGAUACUACAGCAUUAAUAUUAAUGAGGUGCAUAACUAAGAAUCUGUGGAGCAUGCUGAGAGUUAUAAUGGUUGGUUUUCUGGUUUGAUUUUCUUUUUUUGUUAGAGUAACAUCGAAGCCAAGAAAGAUGGUUUUACCUUUACUGACCCAAUGUAAAUAUGUAUCUAGACUGUUUUUAAAUGUGUUUCUUCAUGAAUGCUUCAUUUGGCUCCAGGAAGCCUGUGUCACCUGUGUAAGUUGGUAUUUGGGCACUUUAUAUUUUUCUAAAAACGUGUUUUGGAUCCUGUACUCUAAUAAAUCAUAAGUUUCUUUUUAAAACUUUUCCAAACAUUUUCUCCACUUUAAAAACCCUGUUAUAAAAGUAGAACUUUCACAAUGUUGAAAUAUUAACUAUUUGGAUAUAGUAACUUCUUUUCUCUUCAAAUGAAUGCCAAGAUUUUUUUGUACAAUGAUUAAUAAAUGGAACUUAUCCAGAGAAACCACACAACUGGCCUGCCGGAUUUCGUUCCAGAACAGAAAGCCCAGCUGUGACAACAGCAGAAUCUCUCUCACUUCUCAUUCUAGUUGGAGUAUGCAAAAAUUUGCUCUUCUUAAUUUUUCUUAACAUUGGUGAGUGCACAGGGUACCUUUACACUAUGAUUUCCCUAUCAGGCGUUAAUUUUAGGAGCUGGCUGGUAAUCUUGAGACUAUCAGGUUAUAUAACACAGAGUUCACAGCUUUUUAAUUAUGUCAAGUUACGUGCUGUGGAGUAAGAGCUGCAGAGCCUUUGAGGGAAGCCCAGGUUCUUGGUGUGUUGUUAAUGCUGAGUGCAUAGCUGCAGGGCACACGGCUUUGUCCACAGUGUCCCAUAGAGCGCUGCUCCUCUGUCACACGUGUGCUGUCGCACGUGAUGUGGAAAGAGGUCGAGGCUGUGCAGUCACCAGCUUUCUGCACUGCAGUGCCUCUGUGCUUUUGUAUGUUGUGACUUUUCUGCCCUGACACACCCACACACACACAGCAUCCCUAAGGCUCAGACGUGCUUCAGGCAGCAAGGCCUCAGUGAGACGUCGGUUAUGUCCCAAACUCAUCUAGUUCUGCCAGGUGUCCUGUUUGAAAACAUCUUCCAUCUAAUCAGAUUUUGAAAGGCUAGCUCUUGGUGUGUCUGCCUGAGCCUCGUGACAGAUCUACAUUGUAAGCGCACUUACACUGCAAAAUUGUGUUGCUUCAAAAACCAGCAUUAAUACUUGUUGCUCAAUCAGUUUUACAUUUUCUAAUAUCCACUUAGAGUCUUGUUCUACUUUUAAAACAUCUUUCUUAACAUAUUAAACUGAGUCACACUCGUGUCCUGCACUUUCAUUCACUACCACCCGGUCCCUUUGCUAUAAAGCGCGAACAUUCCUUUCCCUUCGUCCAUGUUCCAAGUGCGUGAGACGGGACUACCAGCAGUGUUUUCAUUGAAAAGUACCUUGUGGCCAUAGGAAUCAAGCUUUAGCUCUCCGUGUUUCAAGUUUGUUUUUUUGAAGGGAAGGAGGAAACUGUUCACCUGGAAGAAAUGCAGAAUUUGGCUCUGUGACAGUUUGGUUUCAGAGACGUUAACAGCUGUAUUGCAUGUAUUACUUUGUAUUGCGUGCUCACUUUAAGCCAGGCGUCGGCCUCAACUAUUUAUAAUCCUCCUAGCAACCCUAUAAGACGUGGGCUGGGCAGUGACUAUUUCUGCGGGCCACAUAAGGUCUCCGUCACGUAUUCUUCUUGUUUUGAAAAAUGUCAGAAAACGUUCUUAGCUCGAGGGCUGUAAAGAAACAGGCCACAGCUGGAUCAGGCUGUAGUCUGCUGACCCCUGCUGAGGUGUAGGCCGAGCGUCCCACUGAGCGGACUGCUCACAGGUGGGGAACCUGGCCGUGAACCCAGGGAUCCGACCUCCGAGCUCCAGUCCCCACAACCACACUGCCGACAACCUCAGCAACUACCUCGCAGAUGUUCUUACCCUUUGCCUCGCCGCAACCCUCCCUUCCCACAUUUCGGUUCUGAGAAUUUAAUAAGAGUCUUGAGAGAAAAGAACAUUCCUUCUUUGGUGAAUAAAAUUGAUGUGCAAUUACAGAAGAAAUGUAUUAUGGCCAUUUAGCAAUGAUUGUAUUAGGGUAAUGCUAGUUCUGUAAUAAAUAGACCCAAAAAUACACGAUGGCUUAAA